AUGUUUGUUAAGGGCGGCUGCCGGCAGAGAGUCCCUGGGCCUGCGGCGCCCCGCACUGCCGCGGGCACACGCACGGGAGCACGCCCAGGGCGGCCGUGGGUCACAGCAAAGACGAGGCGAUCCAGGAGACUAUGAGCAGUUACAACAAGGUGUUGGCUGCCAGGUGUGAAUGAACACCUUGUUUUCCUGGUCGAAGUUCGACAUAUUGCAAGAGGUCAGAGGUCUGGGAUCCAGGUGGUUGAGCUAGAAAGAGGCACGUGCUGAAGGCUGCCCUUUCCAAUCGACUGAGCUGUGUGCACAGCUGAAAGCCUGGGGAGGAACUGGGCAGGAUGAAGCCUGUCAUCGUGGUGCAUGGCGGAGCUGGCCGAAUCUUCAAAGAACGAGAAGAGGGAUGUCGUGCUGGUGUUGUCAGAGCUGCGCUGAGAGGUUAUGGUGUCCUGAAGCGGGGAGGCAGUGCCGUAGAUGCAGUUGAGGAGGCAGUACGGUCAAUGGAAGAUGAUCCUCAUUUUAAUGCAGGUUGUGGAUCUGUUCUAAAUGAAAAAGGUGAAGUAGAAAUGGAUGCCAUUAUUAUGGAUGGAAAAAAUUUAGACUCUGGAGCAGUAUCUGCAGUUAAGUGCGUAGCAAACCCAAUAAAACUUGCUCGACUUGUUAUGGAAAAGACAAAGCACAUGCUGCUGACUGACCAUGGUGCACACCUGUUUGCUCAGGCCAUGGGUAUUCCUGAAAUUCCAGGGGAGAAACUUAUAACUGAGAGAUCCCGGGAGAGAUGGAGGAAGAACCUUGAGCCAGAUUCCAACCCUCAAGAGUUUCAGAAAGACCUUGGAACAGUCGGUGCUGUUGCUAUAGACAGUGAAGGCAAUGUAGCUUGUGCAACAUCCACAGGAGGACUCUCUAACAAACUGAUUGGCCGUGUUGGUGACACAGCAUGCAUAGGAAGUGGAGGUUAUGCUGACAAUCAUUCUGGUGCCACUUCAACCACAGGACAUGGGGAGAGCAUUAUGAAAGUGGUCUUAGCCCGACUGAUUCUCUAUCACAUGGAGCAAGGCAUGUCACCAGAGGUAGCAGCGGACACUGCAUUAGACUACAUGAAGACACGAGUUGGGGGUUUGGGGGGUGUCAUUGUUGUCAACAAGGCAGGAGAGUGGGCAGCAAGAUUCUCCACCAAGCAAAUGUCCUGGGCUACUGUAAAGGAUGACAACCUCCAUUAUGGCAUUUAUGCUGGGGAGAAGCAUGUAAAAUCUGUUGAUGAAGCACUUGAAUCUGAAAGGGAGGGAUUCUAAGAAUGAAGAAAGUUGACUGAGAGAAGAAUGAAGAUCUCCAGUUUUUGCUGGAGGACAAUGAGAGUUAAUUUUGUCUUUCUCAAAGAUCUUUUGGUUCACGGGCAUUACCGUAUUUACAGUCAAAAAAAAUUCUGGACAUAGUUCUUUAGUGGACAUAUAUAUAUGUUUAGUCUUUUGAUACCUUUGUGAAGUCAGAUCCUCCUUUUUUAGAUAAGAAAGAGAAUGGUCUGUAGGUUCCUUGGUUAGCUUGCCUUAAUCUUACAUUAAAUGGAGCCUGAGUUUCAGUAUUAGAGGAACUCCUUUCCACAUCUGUUCUCAGAGACUGCUGCCAGGAUGAUUUGAGAGAAAAAUACCUAUUAAUUAAAAGCUGAAUUUUGAAAAUUCAGAGUCUUUUGAGCAGCCAUCUCAUGGUAACAGCUUGCUAAUGGUGAGUGAAAUACCACCGAAGAGUUAAGAUAAAAAUCGUUCUCACAGGCUUGAGGUAACUUGUCACAGGAUAUAAUGAAGUAAAGAAAGGAACUUUCUCCAGAGAAGGGAAAGCUGAUGCUAAGGAGCUGUAUUCCAUUCCCUGACCUCUGACUGGAAAUCACAACCAAGUAGGCUACAGGCUUUCAAAUGGUAUGUGGACAUUUAAUGGUAAGAUGCAAUGGUUGUAAUAUCUGGGGUAGUAGUAAAGAAGGUCAAGCUUUCAAUAAAAAUAACAGCAAUCUUUUGUACUCAAAUGCAAAGGUGAUCAGCACCUUUUAAGUCAAAACAUUAGACAGAGAUGCUUAUUAACUGGAAAAAUAAUUAUCUGAAAGUGAUCAAAGCAAGUUGUACUAAACUAAAUAAAACUGCCUGUUAACAA